CAGGAGCACGGCAGCGCCUUCGACUGGUCGGAGCGCCUGUGGACCGCGGCCGACGUCGCAGAGGGCCUCGCGCACAUGCACGGGACCGAAGACAGCCCGCAGGCGCUCCACCGCAGCCUGAAGUCGGCGAACGUCGUCCUGGGCCCGACCGGCGUCGCCAAGCUCGUGGACUUCGGGCUGUCGUGCAUCGAGCGGACCAAGGCCAAGGUCGUCCCCCUGAACCACCAGCUCGGCACCCCCGGGGAAGCGUGCCCCGAGGACGUCAGGAGCCCGAGGAGGAGCCGACGGAGGUCUACGCCCUCGGCCUGCUGCUGCUGGAGCUGCUGCUGAACCUGCCGCCGGUGUGCCUCGGGCAGGGCGGGGAGUUCCUCUACCCCGCCUUCCAGGACUCCGAGGUCAUGCCGCAGGCCCCAGGCGCGCUGGAGCGCACGCUGGCGGCGCUCGACCCCCUGGCUGGCUGGCCCCCAGCGCUCGUCCAGGACGCUCACAGACUUGGCCCUGGCUUGCAUGGCUUCCAAGGACCGGCCGUGGCGCGGCCGUGUGCGGCCGAGGCGGCGGCGCGGCUGCGGGAGCAGUGCGGCAGGCUCUGCCAGGGGCGCCGGGCCGCGGGGACGCGCGCCCGAGGCUGGCCUGGCGAGGCACAGGCGCGGCCAGCCGGUCAGCAGCACCUCACCGUCAAGAUCCCCAGCCAGCGGCAGCUGCAGGUCCCAGAUUGGACCACGGCGGCAGGCGACGGCCGACGCCGCCGCGGCGCGCCACGCCCCGGUGCGGAGCAACCUGCUUCAGCCAGCAGGUAUGGUUGCUUCCUCGAGUGGGGCGUCGAUGUCUGCUGCCGCGUCGGCUGCGAACGGGCAUCCGCGGCGGAGGACGAGUGCGGCGACGGCAGCGACGGCCUGGCGCGGGAGGUCAGGGCGCUGGCCUCGCGAAGCCAGCCGGCCUGGGCCGCGGUGCUGGGCCAGGAACUGACGGCAUACAACUUGUUGGUGCACGUUGUGCCCAGCCACGUGCAGUUCUUUUCGCCGAUCAGAUCCGUGUUCAGUGCAUUGCACAUCCAAGUGAAGGAGAUGAGCCGCGCCCAGCCGCGGCCGCCCCCCCGCGGCGCCGUGCCGCGCGGAGCCAUGGCGGCCUACGGGGCAUAUUCGCAGACGGCGACGCAGCAGGCCAUGCAGAGACUGAACAACCUUCCGAAGGAGACCGGCGGGCAGGCAAUCUGCGACACCGCCAUCGGGAGCUUCGUGGCAAUAUCCACCGUGAGCUUUGUGCAGUUGCUCAUCGUGGUCACCACGUGCUUCUUGACCGACUGGAGCUUCUGCAAGGUGGGCUGGGUGGGGGACCUCGAGUGGAGUUUGCGCAAGGUCGAGAUCAAGAGGAUGUCGCUGGUCUACGGAGAGCACACGCACGUGUUCGAGCAGUUGUACCCCGCGUCCCAGGCGGUCAUUUGGUUGUCCUUCCUCGCGCUGCUCCUCGGCUUCGGGGCAGUGGGCUUGGCUUUCGUCGCGACGUUCCAGCGAAAUACCAAGAUGUGGCCCUUCGCGAUGAUGGCCAUGGGUGGGGACAUGUUGGUGCGGUUGCUUGCGUUGCUGAUCUACGUGGGCGUAGUAAUGCCUGAUAUCAAGAAGAUCAAGUUCGACCUUAUGUUACAGGCGCUGCGAGAAACCUACCCCGACUCGAAGCCAAAGUGGCAUCAGAUAUUCAAGAGUAUGGGCGACUGGCUCGCCAGCGGAAACAAGUGCAGAAGGCAAGAGAUUACCUUGGGUAUCCGAGGCACGAUGCUCGAGCUCGGUUUGUUGGGCUUCGUGUGGAUGCUGUUAUUUUUCUGUGGGUACCCCUGCAACAAGAGAAGGCAGGAGGCCGACGACGAGGCGCUGCUGCAGCAGAUGCAGCAGCAGGGGCAGCAGAGCCAGCAGGGCGUGGAGCUGGCCAGCAUGCAGGCCCCCGUCAUGGUGUCGAUGCAGCCGCCGAUGGGGCAGCAGAGCUUUGGGGUGGGCACACCAGCUUGCAAUCAAGUUGUUGGAGUUGGGAUGCCUGGUGGCGAUUUCGGACUGGGGUCACAAGCUCAAGGAUUUGGCUACUAG